GAAAGCAAUGCAGGAUAUGUAUAUACAUAAAUAAAGCAAACGGAGAAUCAAACCCAAGGGAAUUGAAAAAGAAUGAUUCCGGGACAUACCUAGCUAGCUAGCUUGCAGGUUCAUAUAUGCCAUUGGGCAUCAUAUAAAUAGAGGCAUCCAUAGUCGACAUUCUUCAAACCAAUCUAUCUAUCCUUCCCUAUUUAUCUCCAUUAAUUACUGUUCUAUAAUUCAUCGAGAAGUUUAUAGCAAGCCAGCUAGAACAAGAUCAAGAUAUCUACGUACAUAGAGUUUCAAUUUCCAUGGAUCAAAGCAAGGCAGCCGGAGCUGAUCAUCAGGCCAUGGCCAAACGUACUUACGAGGACUUCGAACCCUUCUGCAAAUGGCAUAACCGCGACAAUGUUGUUGAGGUCCAUCUUCAAGGUUUCAGAAAGGAACAGCUGAGUGUCCGUACCACUCAUACGGGGAUGCUUACAAUCCAUGGAGAACGUCCAUUGGACCAAACUAAAUCUACAUGGAGCCGCUUCCACAAAGAACUGAAGCUUCCAAACAACUGCGACACAAAUAGAGUUGCUGCAAAAUUUGCUGCAGGAGUUCUUACAAUAACAAUGCCUCCCAAAGUUGUUGCACAACCACCUCAAUCUCCACAUGAGGAUGAUCAGAAACAGCAGCUUGCUAAUCGUGAAAAGUUACCGCGACCAAGCCACGUUGAUAAUCAAACAAAUAAUGAUGAAGCUUUAGGUAAACUUAUCAAACAAAAUCAGGACGUAAACGCAACCAAUGAUGAAAAUGCUGCAUUGCUUGAGGAAGAGGUCAAGCAAGGAAGCAGCUGCCAAUUCCGACAGAGAAGUAGUUUAGCCUCCAAAAAACACAUUGCAGUGAAACUUGUGUUGGUGGUUGCCGCGGUGGUCGCUCUGGGUUUCGGGGCAUAUGUCCUAUACAAACACGGCCAUCACUCAUAUAGCUCGCUGCAAGUAGACUAGAUCUUAUGUGAUUAGGAUCCCCAGGAUCCAAACUCAGAAAUGCUAUUACAUGCAAAGGGAAGGAAAUAAAGGAAAGCUAAAGAAAAUAAACGAUGAAAAUUUAUAAUUCAAUGUUCUUUAAGAAAUUGUGAAUGUAAUAUGUUUCUGUAUUGAUAAUCUUCAAAUGAUACAACAAUUUUAUAUACAAGGAGAAUGUAGAGCUAUUCUAGGAAAGCUAUAAAAGCGCAAUCAACUAUCAACUAAUUACACAUAAUCACGAUCCAUGAGUUACUCCAAUAUGAUUG